CAUUAGAAGCCAAGCAUAGCGGAGUGACUACUCGUCAGGCGCGCAGCAGUCCUGCUCCUACCCAGUUCCUGUUUCCGCCUUCUGUCUUCAGACAGUUUACAACUCAAAGCAUCAUGUUCAGGCAGAAUAUAGACCUUGAAGAAAUGCAAGCUCAAUGAGAUAAAUCCAGGCCCACUCCUCCACUCCCUGUCAUCGAUGGCCAUCCAGCAUACACUAUGAGAUGCCUCCUGAGUGUUCGACCGUGGGACAGGGGUUUCCAGUACCUGGUUGACUGGGAGGGUUAUGGCCCGGAGUAGAGGGCUGGGUCCCCGCUCGAGACUUCCUGGAACCCAGCCCUCAUUGCCGACUUCCACCGCCGGCACCCCGGUCAAUCAGGAAGAAGUUGUUCUCUGAAUUCCCAAGUGAGGAUUCUGUGAGGCUUCUAAAAAAAGAAGACCACUGAGAGCCAGAGAGACUGAGCUGUCUGCCAGUCAGUCAGAGGACUGCAGAGACACAGAGGGUGACACCAGUGAGCUCGCCAGACUACCAGAGCCCGGCUCAGCACAAGCCCAAACCAGCCUAGCCCAAAGAGGGCCCACCCAGGAAGGCAGGCCACAACAAUGGACCUCAACUCAUCCUAACCCCCUGCAGGAACCAUAGCCAUGCAUUAACUAACCCCACCAACCAAACCCCAACUGGACCACGCUCACCUCCUCCGUUCUCCCUCCACCCUACGCCCUCCAUCGCCGUUCUCACCAUGCUUCAGAGCCUAUUGUGACGGGAGUGCUGCUCACCCCCCCAUCCCUCACCCCUCCACCCCAGAGACCCCAGAGGGGUGAAAGAUGCGGCCAUGGGCAGGUUCGUGGCGCUGGAUUAUGCUGGUGCUCCUUGCGUGGGGUACACUGCUGUUCUACAUCGGAGGACACCUGGUUAGGGACAGCGAGCAUCCGGAGAGAUCCAGCAGAGAGCUGUCCAAGAUCCUGGCCAAGCUGGAGAGACUGAAACAGCAGAAUGAAGACCUGAGACGCAUGGCUGAGACACUCAGGUUACCAGAGGGUCAGUCUGACGGGGGCCAGGUGGUGAGCGCAGGGAGACUGCGGACCUUGGAGGAACAGCUGAUCAGAGCUAAAGAACAGAUCAACUCCUAUCGUAGCCUGCCUGGAGACGGGCCAGGUAGGAACCAGGAGGAGCUGCGGAGGAAGAUAGAGAACGGGGUGAAGGAGAUUUGGUACUUUGUCCGCAGUGAGGUCAAGAAGCUGGGUCACAUGGAGCAGGGGGACCUGCAGAAACACAUCGACACACUGCUGCAGGAGCUGGGACACCAGCAGAGGUCGAUCAUGACUGACCUGCACUACCUGAGCCAGGCUGAUGGAGCAGGAGACUGGAGAGAGAAGGAGGCCAAGGACCUGUCUGACAUGGUACAGAAUAGGAUCACAUACCUCCAGAACCCCCAGGACUGCUCCAAGGCCAGGAAGCUGGUGUGUAACAUCAACAAGGGCUGUGGCUACGGCUGCCAGCUGCACCACGUGGUCUACUGCUUCAUGAUCGCGUACGGCACCCAGCGUACCCUCAUCCUGGAGUCCCAGAACUGGCGCUACGCCACGGGCGGCUGGGAGACCGUCUUCCUCCCAGUCAGUCAGACAUGCACCGACCGCACCGGGGUCACCACCGGACACUGGUCAGGUGAGGCUAACGACAGAGACAUCCAGGUGGUAGAGUUACCCAUCGUUGACAGUCUCCACCCCCGCCCCCCCUACCUGCCCCUGGCUAUCCCAGAGGACCUGGCCCAGCGCCUCCACCGGCUCCAUGGAGACCCGUCCGUGUGGUGGGUGUCUCAGUUGGUCAAGUAUCUGAUCCGGCCCCAGGCCUGGCUGGAGAAAGAGAUCCAGGAUACCACCGCCAAACUGGGCUUCAGCCACCCCAUCAUAGGGGUCCAUGUGCGGCGGACAGAUAAAGUGGGGACAGAGGCAGCCUUCCACCCUAUAGAGGAGUACAUGGUUCAUGUAGAAGACCACUUCCAACAUCUGGCUAGACGCAUGCUGGUGAACAAGAAGAGAGUCUACCUGGCCACCGACGACCCCGCACUGCUAAAGGAGGCCAAGGCUAAGUACCCAGACUAUGAGUUCAUCAGUGAUAACUCCAUCUCGUGGUCUGCGGGGCUACAUAACCGCUACACUGAGAAUUCACUGAGAGGAGUCAUCCUGGACAUUCACUUCCUGUCACAGACCAACUUCCUGGUCUGCACCUUCUCCUCACAGGUGUGUCGUGUGGCAUAUGAGAUCAUGCAGACCCUCCAUCCGGACGCCUCGUCUCACUUCCACUCCCUGGAUGACAUCUACUACUUUGGUGGCCAGAACGCCCACAACCAGCUAGCCGUGUACGCCCACCAGCCCCGCAGCCCCGACGACAUCCCCCUGGAGCCCGGCGACCUGAUCGGGGUGGCGGGGAACCACUGGGACGGAAACUCCAAGGGCAUCAACCGCAAGACGGGCCGUACCGGCCUCUACCCGUCCUACAAGGUGAAGGAGAAGAUCGAGACCAUCAAGUAUCCUACGUACCCCGAGGCAGACAAGAUGCUGAAUCAGUAGAGAGAGACUGAGAUGCAGACUGAGAUGCAGACUGAGAUGCAGACUGAGAUGCAGACUGAGAUGCAGACUGAGAUACAGACUGAGGUGCCGACUGAUAUGCCGACUGAUAUGCCGACUGAGAUACAGACUGAGAGACAGACUGAGAUGCAGACUGAGAGACAUACUGAGAUGCAGACUGAGAGCAGACUGAGAUGCAGACUGAGGUACAGACUGAGAUGCAGACUGAGAUACAGACUGAGAUGCAGACUGAGAUGCAGACUGAGGUGCCGACUGAUAUGCCGACUGAUAUGCCGACUGAGAUACAGACUGAGAGACAGACUGAGAUGCAGACUGAGAUGCAGACUGAGAGACAGACUGAGAUGCAGACUGAGUUGCAGACUGAGGCGCAGACUGAGAUGCAGACUGAGAUGCAGACUGAGAUACAGAACCGAGAUACAGACUGAGAUACAGACGCACACUGCUCACUUAUGAGAGGAGAGAGACCCUCAGCCCGGUAGAGGGGACGAGGAGGAAAGCACUUUGAACGAGUGGUGGUGUUUGUCGGUGGAAGGGUUUGCGUGUGUGAACACCAUGCUUGCUUGCAUGUGUGCGCGUGCGUGAGUGACAGAGGAGUAUCUACAGGGUAUCUGACAUACUCCUCACCCUCGGGGACUAGGACCCUCCAGUGGAUCCCUCCAUCAGGAUGGUUAAUAAGACAACAAUGAACGAAUGAAUGAACGACAAGAAGAAAUACACGAAGGAUAGCACUCCGGUGGAAUGAUGAAGGGAUCGUCCAAUCGCAGCUCUUUAUUUAAAUAAUAAUUGAAAUAACUGAGAAACCUCAGAAUGAUGACUGAAACAAAGAAUUAUAAAGAGAACCAAUUGUGAACUACAAGAACCAACAGACAAACUCUUGACUUUCUCCUCUCCUCCUGUGCUGUUCUCUUCUCUGUUCUCUUCUCUGUUCUCUUCUCUGUUCUCUUCUCUGUUCUCGUCUCUGUUCUCUUCUCUGUUCUCGUCUCUGUUCUCUGUCUCUGUUCUCGUCUCUGUUCUCGUCUCUCUUCUCUGUUCUCUUCUCUGUUCUCUUCUCUGUUCUCGUCUCUGUUCUCUUCUCUGUUCUCUUCUCUCUUCUCUUCUCUCUUCUCUUCUCUGUUAUCUCUGUUCUCUUCUCUGUUCUCGUCUCUGUUCUCGUCUCUGUUCUAUUCUCUGUUCUCUUCACUGUUAUCUUUGUUUCUCUUCUCUGUUCUCGUCUCUGUUCUCUUCUCUGUUCUCUUCACUGUUAUCUUUGUUUCUCUUCUCUGUUCUAUUCUCUGUUCUGUUCUCGUCUCUGUUCUCGUCUCUGUUCUCGUCUCUGUUCUCGUCUCUGUUCUAUUCUCUGUUCUCGUCUCUGUUCUCUUCUCUGUUCUCGUCUCUGUUCUCUUCUCUGUUCUCGUCUCUGUUCUAUUCUCUGUUCUCGUCUCUGUUCUCGUCUCUGUUCUAUUCUCUGUUCUCGUCUCUGUUCUCGUCUCUGUUCUCUUCUCUGUUCUCUUCUCUUCUUGUGGACUGCAUCGACCUCCCAUUCUUGUUGUAGCCAAAUGUUUUCUUCCUUCCUUCUUUCCUUCCUGCCUCUCAUUCCUCUCCUCCUUUCACUCCUUUCUUCACACACUCCAUUUCAAUUUACCCCAACUUAUGCAUCUUUUCUUUUCCACCUGCUAUGAAUUUUUCCCCUCCACAUUGUGCUUUUGGAUAAGUGAUUUUAAUAUUUUAAUAUUUGUUGUUGGUGUGUGUGUGAGAGCAUGCUCCUGUGUGAGCAUGCGAGUGUAUGAGUGUGUGUGUGUUGUGAGUCCAAAUAUGGUGCCUACAAAGGAAAAUGGCUUCUGUACGUCUUCUCACCAAGUGUCUCUGUUAGAGUGUCAAAGUGACGUCAGAGCCAUAAGGACUCAGGCCUUGCCAUACAGAUACUGUACAUGCAGAAUACAACAUAUGCAGAAUACUGUACAUGCAGAAUUCUGUAUAUGCAGAAUACUACAUGCAGAAUACUACAUGCAGAAUACUACAUGCAGAAUACUGUACAUGCAGAAUUCUGUAUAUGCAGAAUACUACAUGCAGAAUACUACAUGCAGAAUACUACAUGCAGAAUACUGUACAUGCAGAAUUCUGUAUAUGCAGAAUACUACAUGCAGAAUACUACAUGCAGAAUACUACAUGCAGAAUACUGUACAUGCAGAAUACUGUACAUGCAGAAUACUACAUGCAGAAUACUACAUGCAAAAUACUGUGCAUGCGAAAUACAACAUAUGCAGAAUACUACAUGCAUAAUUCAGUACAUGCAGAAUACUGUACAUGCAGAAUACUGCAUGCAGAAUAUUGUACUUGCAGAAUAUUGUACUUGCAGAAUACACCACACAGAAUACUACAUGCAGAAUACUGUACACUCCAGUCCGGACUCACUUAACUACGUCUUACUCAUGUUCUGUUCUUAAUGUCAUUUUUUAAAACUUUUUUAAUAUUAUUGAAUUCUAAAGGAAAACAGAAGAACGAAAAGUGAGGAAAAUCUACAUUUUAAAUGAUUACGAACAAUGAUUAUCAACAAAUAAUGAAAAAACAAUUGAUGAAGAUAAUGAUGUCCACCAUGAAGCAAUGCUAAUAUUGAAGUUGCUGGGCAUUGUCUUUGAAUAAAAUCAGAUGAAAUCAA